AUGGGAAUUGGCAAGUAUCUACCAGUUUUCUACCAACUCUCAGCAAGAAAGCACAUGGGCUUAAUUGGGAACCAGCGUAAUGUUGGUUACGUGUCUGGCGUCCGGGCCAACAGCGUGUGCAUGCUGGAUGUGGAACGGAAGGUUGUGAAGGAAAUUUUCCGUGUCCAAGUUGACCCGCAAGUUUCCUUUGAUGGAACACACCUGAUACCUGACCAGGUGAUCUUCUCACCAAGAGAAUCUUGCAUACCAUCGGUUGCUACGUCCGUCUUUGAGGGGACUGAAAGUUAUCAGAAUAAGCUGAAGCAAUACGUCAAGCUGUUGGGAAACACGGAAGGUGCAUGGUUGGGAUAUGAAUUCUGCAAGAGUGCAAAGUAUGGUGUAACAAGCCAGUCCAUAGAUGUGGGACAUCACGUGUUCUUCGACGAAGUUACAGUUUGCAACCUUGGUCAGGCAAGAUAUGUCACGGAACUCGCUUUCCCUGACAGGUUCUCACUCUCACGGGGUUUCGUCGCCAGCGCAUGCGCUCUGCCGAAGUCCUUUGACCUGGAGGAGUACAUGCAAUUUGUGGAUACAUGGGGAACAGGCAAGUACUACUCCUCCGAUGGCAAAUCCAUCUCGCUUGAUAUGGCUAAUUUCCGAGCGCACCUGCUCACAGAGCCAGCCCUCUUCGGCGACCACGUAGAAACCUUGACGCUUGGUGAUACUACUUCGCCUGUGCCUGUUUCAUUUGAUAUGAUCGGUAUAGAGGAAGUCUUCAGUGUCGAACGCUGGCAACUGUUGGAGCAAUAUGUUUUGGAGCGUCUCUGCUCGGCGGAUGAAGACGCGGAUUUUUCAGCUAAAAGAGCAAACCUGAUAGAAGCUCUGAAAGCUUACCCCUACUGGCACAAUGCACGGAAAUCGUUCAACCCAGUUGUCCAAAGUGCCAUCACCUGGCCAGUUGGUACUUACAGCCUGCCCAUGACCAACAGCUUGUCUGGCUGCCCCAACUCGGCUUUCUUCUGGAAGACCGGCCGAAGGUUUCAGGACACCCAGGAUCUAUUUGCCAGCAACGACUGGUCGGACCCCUGCCACAUUCUUGGCCCUUACGCGAGAAACAACGUUCAACAGAACUUUUGUAGUAAGACCGACGCUGUACUGUCUGAGGACGACAUGACGGAAUGGGAUGCCGGCGAAUACUGCAUAUUCAAGAAAGGAACCUGUCCAGUUGGUUUUUCUGAAGGAUGGGUGAAGUGGGACGACCAGGACGCACUGAAUGGUAAUACUAUGAGCGGGGUGUUACCAGACGGCAUAUACGAUCACAACACCCUGAUUUACUUCUGCUGUCGGGAGGAUGGUGACCCAUUGAGUCCAAUCCUCCUGCCCACUGAAGACCCUUUCUUCCUGUUCCGUAAGAAUGAUGUGUGCCAGGCUGUGGAGGGUAUGACGCUCAUCGAAGAGUGGUUUAAGUGGGACGGGGAGGAUGAUUUCAUCGACUUUACCAAAUACUACGGAGGUUCUCAUCCAUAUAUUGAUAGUUGGGAUGAUGACCACAAGCUGUACUACUACAAAACACGCGGCAUAGUUGCUGUUCAGUUAAAGGCACAGACUCGUAUACGGGGACUUCAUUUAACUGUACCGUGGUUUGCGAGAACAGGGCUUUCAAACAAGCACGACACGAUGGACAACAUUAUGAGACCACUCUUUCUCGUUGCCUACUUCAGUUCAGCUGUAUGGGCCGCUAAGCUACCUAGCAUCUGGCCAAGGGGAACCUACGCCCUGCCCAUGCCUAUCGGUGGCUGCCCCAACACCUACUACAACUGGGACACCGGCCGGAGGUACCAGGACACCCAAGACACAUUCCCCAAUAACCAGUGGUCUAAGUCGCUUCACUUGUAUGGCUCGAAAUCUUUGACACACGUGGAGCAGCACUUCUGUGUGAAGAAAGACUACGAUAUGGGUAGUCGGAGCAACCCAGAUUGGGAGCCAGGACAGUAUUGCAUCUUUAAGAAGGGAAAAUUGUGUCCAGACCGUUUCAGUGAAGGAUGGAUCAAGUGGGACGACCAGAACAUAUUUAACCGUAACGACCACAGCGGUGAGUUGCCGGAAGGUGUCUACGACGAUGACACUAAGAUCUACUUCUGCUGCAGGGAAGACGGUGAUGCGGGCACUCCACUGACCUUGCCGGUAGACAAACCAUUCUUCCUGUUUCGGAAGAACGGUGAUUGCCAGGCUGUGGACCGCAUGACCAUGCUGGUAGAGUGGUUCCGCUGGGAUGGUGAGGACGAUUUGAUUGACUUGGACAAAUAUCGCGAUGGUAGUGUGCCAGAUCUGGAAAACAAAAGCGGUGACAACCACAAGCUGAUGUACUGCUAUUACUAUUAGACAGAAGAAAAACACACGAUUAAUUUUAAGAAAUCUCGGCAUCUUAAUUCUUGCAAGAAUAUUUUGAAUGAAAUCAAUAUUAAAUUUAUCGACUCUAAUCCUUCGCUCUGUAAGAUAACUCAUAAUUAAGGCAAAUUAACUCACGUCAGCCUUUAAAUUUGUGAUCAAUUUACACCACAACCUCAGAUGAUUUCACUCCACAGCCCUAUCAAUUUUAUUAUAGUGUCCAAACAAGCAAUUGCAAUCUGUCACCGUGGUCCCUAGUCCACUUCCUGUAGUGCCAGAUUGAAGAUAUUUUAUUUCAAAUCAGAAAUAAUUAAUCAGUCUCACAUUUGUGAAGAAGACCUGAAGAAAUAGUUUUCUUUGACUUCCAGAUGACUUUGUGACCACCACACUGCCAGGGAACCACGUAGCAAACUAUCAGCUAAUGAAUCUAAACACAGCAUUAUGAGUGACCUGUGGUUGCUUAGUUGAAUGUUGUAAUGAUUGAAUAAAAUUUUAUGAUCAUCGAAAGCUGAUUUCGAAUGUUU